UCAGAUGUAUUCAGAAUGUUAAGAGCGUUGGCUUUUCACUAUUUUCUGCAGGUACCAAUUCCUCCCAGUAACAUUUAUCCCAUCAAUGACAAGCUGUCACCAGAGGGCGCGGCAAAGGAUUAUGAAGUACGUCUCAAGCAUUUGGUCGAGAGCAAAAUUAUACCUUUAUCUAAUGCUUCUGGAUUCCCCAAAUUUGAUCUUAUGCUUCUUGGAAUGGGGCCAGAUGGACACGUUGCUUCUUUAUUUCCUAACCGUCUGCAACGUUAUGAGAAGAAGCGGUGGGUUACAUUCAUUACCGACUCUCCCAAACCUCCUCCACCGAGGAUCACUUUCACGUUUCCCGUGAUCAACUCAUCUUCAGAUAUCGCAAUGGUGGUCACCGGAGCUGAACUGGCCGAUACUGUCAAUAUUGCAUUGGGUGAUGGACUUCCUCCUGAUUCAAUUCCCCUGCCUAGCAUGGAAGUUUCACCUGAAGGAGAACUGAAAUGGUUCCUGGACAAGGAUGCUGCUUCUAAACUUAAGUAGAAUAACUCAGUGCUAUGUUUGUGUCGUGUUUCAUUAUCCUCUAAUAAUCUCGUGUCUUUCUUUAUCGGAUGAAUAAUAAUCUCUGUUUGAGACCGCCUCAAUAAUGCUUAUAUAGUUCUUGUGUCCCUUCUUAUUUGA